UUUACAAACUACACGUGCAGGGCGUCAUAGUCCUCUCAUUUGCUUCGCUGUUCCCGCCGGUCUUGAACGUUUACGCAAAAUUUCACUGAUUUUAUUGUGCAAUUUCUCCCGAAAAUAUGGAAGUUGAACCCGUCGUUAGUGAUUCUGCUGCGGAUACAAAACCCGAAGAAGUGAAUACAAAGUCGGACGAAAUCGUAGCAGAACCAACAACAGACGAAAAAGUAGUAGUAGACGCAACAGAGGCGAAGUCCACCACCAAGGAAGACGAGUAUGCAUACUUGGAGACAACAGGGUUUACGUCGGAACGGUUCAAGAUUGAGAUUCGAAACAUGCCGAAAUAUUAUGGGAUUGCCGAAUUGAAAAAGUUCCUAAAUUCGGAGCUAUCACUCUCCACAAACAAGAUCAAAAUCAUACGGCCGGGCUGUCCGUUUUUGUUCGUGUGCUUCCGCGACGAGAAGGGCCGUCAAGCGGCUAUAACAACUCUUAACGGGUACACCUGGAAGAAUAAAAAGCUGCAGGCCUUUGAAGCGAAGCCAGCUCCAGAUCCUCUGGUCAAGCGAAGAAAUCAGGCCUCCGGAGCGGAUGGAAAGGUUACCGUUAAAAAGCGAAAAACUCUCGAAGAAUCUGUUACGGCUUUGGCUUACCUGAGCUACGAAGAUCAGCUGGUUCAGAAGCAAUCGGAAAUGCGAAACGUGUUGAACAAGCUCGGCAAGGAAGUGUGGAAAACUUGUCCGGCCCUUAGAGGGCACGUCGAGGAGGAAAGGAAGCUGCACGAUGGAUUACCAUGUAAGCUGGAGCGGAUCCGGAAGUCGCCUCAGGUUGAUGGGUACCGUAACAAGUGCGAAUUUUCAAUUGGGAAGGACGAUCAGGGAGAAAUUCGCGUGGGGUUCCGUGUAGGAAGCUACUCGAAUGGCUUUCUGGAUGUGGAGUCCCCUCAGAAUUUGAAGAACGUUUCCGACAAGAUGAAGGCAACGGUCAAAUUCUAUGAAGAAUUCGUUCGCAAGUCGACGUUGGAUGUCUACAGCCCGGAAACAUAUCAGGGGCACUUCCGACAGUUAACCGUGCGCACUUCCAGUAGCACCGGAGACGUCAUGGUGGUAAUUGGAAUUCACCCUCAAACGAUGACCGAGGAAGAACUUACCGCGUUCAAAGCUUCCAUUGUGGACCAUUUCACUUCUGACCAGGGCAAGCAAAUUGGAAUCAGUUCAAUCUAUCUGGAAAAGAUUGGAAAACGUGAGUCCGGACAGACCGUAAAUCCGGUUGAGCAUUUGCACGGAGAGACACACAUCGUGGACGUUAUCCACGGUUUGAAAUUCCGCAUCAGUCCGCUGGCAUUCUUCCAGAUCAACACACCCAGCGCCGAGGUGCUCUAUCAGUGUGCGAUCGAUCUGGCCGAAACCAGUCAGCAAACGAGCGUUUUGGAUAUCUGUUGUGGAACGGGCACUAUUGGGUUGUGCUUUGCCAAGCAUUGCAAGCAAGUGCUGGGCGUUGAACUCAAUCCACAGGCCAUCGAAGACGCCAAAUAUAAUGCCGAGUUGAACAAGAUCGAUAAUUGCAAGUUCUACGCCGGAAAUGCUGAUGAUCUCAUAACGUCCCUCAUUCGGAAUGCCAACAUCCAAGCGGGGGAGAAUUUGGUGGCGAUUGUGGAUCCUCCGAGAGCCGGAUUGCACGUCCGUUCGAUCACCCAGUUGCGCAACGCUCGCGGCCUAAACCGAUUGAUCUACGUAUCCUGCUCGCCCAACAGUGCCGUGAAGAAUUGGGUUGACCUGAUGAGGCCCUGCUCCAAGGCGAUGCGGGGUACACCAUUUGUGCUCAAGAAAGCCCUUCCAGUGGACUUGUUUCCACAUACGCCACACGUCGAGCUGGUGCUGCUGUUCGAGCGGGAACCGGAGAAGGAAGAAGCGGAAAUGACUGAAGUCGAAGAAAAGGAAGGAGAUGAGGCAAAACCUGCUGACGAGGAAAUGAAGGUUUCCGAUAGUGAGAUUGUUGAAGGUGAGGCGAAGGAAGAUACAGAGAUGAAAACAGUUAGCGAGGAAGUAGAGGAUAAAACAAAUGGUCAAGAUUAGUUCCUCCGUAUAACCUAGAACGGUAUGUAUGUCGUAUGAAAAAAGUGAUUAGUCCUGUUCAACAACAUUGGUGGGACUUGCUCAAAGUUGCUGUUUCCUGCUCUUACCCAUUCGUUAACAAAAGAGUAAGAGCGGGUUGCAACAUCUUCGAGCAAGUUCAACCUAUGUCGUUGGUCAGAACUAGGUAUUUUUAGUUUUGGAAUUGCAGCUGUGAAGUCAACAGUGCUAAUCGUAAUUUAGAAAGAACAGCUUUCAAGUACUAUAUUUUGAACUAUCAGUAAAAUUAUUAUAUUGGAAAAACAA